UUAGUGGGUAUAAAGAAAAACCCUAAACAAUUGAAGCGCGUUUUUGUUUACUACGCAAAGAAAAGAGUUAUAAAAGGGUAUAAGAUUCACCAUCACUCGUCUUGCGCAAGCUUCGACGGCGGCGGCAUCACUACAUCCCCGGACGCUACAAUGGGAAUUGAUUUGAUCGCAGGAGGUAAGAGCAAGAAGACCAAAAGGACAGCUCCAAAGUCUGACGAUGUCUACCUCAAGCUUACCGUCAAGCUUUACCGGUUUCUGGUAAGGAGAACACAGAGCAAGUUCAAUGCAGUGAUCCUGAAGAGGCUUUUCAUGAGCAAAGUCAACAAAGCUCCCCUUUCUCUAUCCAGGCUCGUCGAGUUCAUGACCGGCAAGGAAGAUAAGAUUGCUGUCUUGGUUGGAACCAUCACCGAUGAUUUGAGAGUACAUGAGAUCCCAGCUAUCAAAGUUACUGCCUUGAGGUUCACAGAGAGAGCCAGAGCUCGGAUUGAGAAAGCUGGUGGUGAAUGCCUGACCUUUGACCAGCUUGCUCUCAGAGCUCCUUUGGGACAGAACACUGUUCUUCUUAGAGGACCUAAGAACUCACGUGAAGCCGUGAAGCAUUUUGGCCCUGCUCCUGGUGUGCCACACAGUCACUCCAAGCCGUAUGUUCGGUCCAAGGGAAGGAAGUUCGAGAAGGCCAGAGGAAAGAGGAAGAGCCGUGGAUUCAAGGUUUAAGAAACAUUUGUCUCUGCGUGCGUCUUCGAACUUGAUUCUCGACUGUUGUUGUUGCUUCUUUAAUUAAAACUCUAUUCGUAACCGGAUCUUUGUUUAGUGAAUUGUUGCUUCUCAACUAUUGUUUCAGACAAAUAGAUUUAAGUUUGUUUCUACUGGAAUCAUCGUGAGUGGAUUUACUCAUCUGUGCACUUACAUACAUUUAAGCUUUUAUAAUAUGAAAGUCUUAUUCAUAA